UGCCCCUUGCCGGGCCCUUUUCCCAGAGGGCCCUGUGCUCGUGGACAGGGAGAACUGAGAGCCUCCUGACUUCCUUUGGCAACCUGCUUCCUCCCUUGUCUGAGUUUUGGCAGUAGGAUAGAUGCACUUGUGGUCACACGGCAUCACUGGUGGUACCUGCCAGGAUGUGAGGUUCUGGCAUAGCCUCUUGGCAGCUGCCUGGGCCAGUGCCCUGGUGCUCCCUGCCUGCCUUUGCUCAUGUGACAGACACCUGACAGAGAGUGAAACUGGAGGCACUUGGCAGGUGCUCCUCAGCAGUUUCCAGUUCAAUGUAUCUUUGCCUGCCUACAUCAAUCUGCAAGGGAGUGUCAGAAAGGCCCCGCAUUCGCCGAGCCGUGACACGACCCGUCAGCGAAUCAAAUUCAGUGAUGACAGAGUGUGCAAGAGCCACCUUCUCAACUGCUGCCCUCAUGAUGUGCUCUCUGGAACUAGAAUGGACCUUGGAGAAUGCCUGAAGGUGCAUGACCUGGCAUUAAGGGCAGACUAUGAAAUAGCAUCUAAAGAUCAAGAUUUCUUCUUUGAGCUUGAUGCAAUGGACCAUCUGCAGUCAUUUAUUGCAGACUGUGACAGGCGAACAGAAGUGGCUAAGAAAAGACUAGCAGAAACCCAAGAAGAGAUCAGUGCUGAAGUUGCAGCUAAAGCUGAAAGAGUCCAUGAAUUGAAUGAAGAAAUUGGGAAACUGUUAGCCAAAGUAGAACAGCUGGGAGCUGAUGGAAAUGUGGAAGAAUCUCAGAAAGUAAUGGAUGAAGUGGAGAAAGCUCGGGUAAAGAAGAGAGAAGCAGAAGAAGUGUACAGGAAUUCUAUGCCUGCCUCCAGCUUUCAGCAGCAGAAGCUACGGGUUUGUGAAGUGUGCUCAGCUUAUCUUGGUCUUCAUGACAAUGACCGACGACUUGCUGAUCAUUUUGGAGGAAAACUACAUUUGGGAUUUAUUGAAAUAAGAGAGAAGCUUGAGGAACUCAGGAGGAUUGUGGCUGAUAAACAGGAGAAACGAAAUCAGGAACGUCUGAAACGUAGAGAGGAGAGAGAAAGAGAAGAAAGGGAGAAACUAAGGAGGUCCAGAUCCCACAGCAAGCAUGCCAAAAGAUCUAGGUCCCGAGAUCGCCGCAGACACCGGUCUCGCUCAGCCUCACGGGAACGAAAGAGAAGAACUCGCUCCAAAUCCCGUGAGAAACGCCAUCGUCACAGGUCUCGCUCCACCAGCCGCAGCCGGAGUCGCAGCCACCAUAGAAGCAGGCAUAGUUCCAGGGACAGAAGCCGAGAACGCAGCUCCAAAAAGAGAUCCUCUAAAGAAAGAUCUUCCAGAGACAAAGAACGUUCAAGAGACCGCGACAGAACAUCCCGUGAUAAAGAUAGAAGCUCAAGAGAGAGGUCACCACGAGAUUUCAAAGACAAGAAACGUUCUUAUGAAAGUGCUAAUGGCAGAUCAGAAGACCCAAGGAGCUCAGAGGAGCGCGAAGCAGGGGAGAUAUAACUGGCUGUAUAUUCACCUGAUCUCUAGCUUCCUAUGGAGUUGCAUACUUUGGUUUAGUUUACAGUUGUUCAAAGGGACACCAGUGAGCAGUUCGAGACACUGAUCCAACUAGGGUAGAUGUACAGUAUAUAAAAGUGGUUAUAACAAAGUCAGAAUUAAACCCCAUCAAUUAAUGAUGCCUAAAGCUGGGUCCUGGACUUCCACCAAGUUGUAAAACUUUUCUGAAAGAUUUCUCUUUAUUCAGGACAACAGUUUUAUGUACCAAGAUGCAGAUCUCAAUGUUUUUAAUCUCCUUUCCAAUACAAGUUAGUGAACAAAUUAUAUUGUACUACUUGCCUUGGGUGCUUUUGAACCUUUAUAAAUUCUCCAAUUCUGCUCCAGUCAAAACAGCAGCAUUGAAAGGUUGUAUUUGGGGGGAUUUUUUUUUUGUUUGCUUUUUUGUAAGAGGGUGGGUGGAUGGAUAUUAACUUUUACUCUAAGGUUAUGUUCCCAGUGUUGGGUUUUAUUUUUGUUUGGGAUCCUAGGAGUUGAUUACAGUGGGAGCAUUUAGACAGAAAUGUGUGCUGGAGAAAGCAAAAUGUCUUUUUACAGUGCCUAUUUAGACUUGGAAAUUGAACAGCUGUUGCAUUACAUCUUUUUUAUUUCUACUUAAAUUUUGAAAUCAAAGCCAGUCCCAUAUCUGUACCAUUUGAUUGGUAUGUGUUCAAUAUAUUUGUUUUUUUCCAUAA